AUGGCAGCACACGAUUCUUCGACGGAGACGGCAACGAAUGGGGGAGGAACAGAAAAUGGGCCAAGCGACUCCUGCUGCGACCAGGCAAAGGCAAAAGCCCUGGUGAUGCCCCUCAUUAGUGACAUGCAUGCGCACCUCAGACAAGGUGAAAUGGCCGAAUUCGUCACUCCAAUGAUCAAACCGGGAGGGUGCCGGCGGGUCCUGGUCAUGCCCAACACCGUCCCUCCCAUCACAACAUGUGCCCAGGCCGCUGCAUAUAGAGAGAAACUCGUCAAGUUGGAUCCCGGCGUCGACUACCUGAUGACGCUGUUUCUCUCUCCGGAAGUAUCGGUCGACGACUUGCGGCGGAACGCCAAGGCGUGCCGUGUCGUUGGAGUCAAGAGCUACCCUAAAGGAGUGACGACAAACUCGGAUCAGGGUGUCGAGAGCUACGAGCAGUACUACGCACUCUUUGAGGCCAUCGAAGAGCUCGGUCUUACACUCCAUUUGCACGGGGAGGUACCUGGAGUUGCGCCUCUGGAUGCAGAAGAGGCGUUUCUGCCUUUUUUCCAGCAGGUCCAUUCAAAGUUUCCUUCUCUGAAAAUCGUCCUCGAGCAUGUGUCCACGGCUGCGGCGAUCCAAGCAGUCAAGCGCAUGCCUCCCAACGUGGGUGCAACCAUAACGCCGCACCACCUAAUGUUGACGGUUGAUGACGUCAUGAAGGAGGAGACGAUCAGAAUGGCAACGGAGGCUGGAGCUCACAGAGGACUCUGCUGUGCAGAGACAGUUGAGAAACCUCACAACUUCUGCAAACCAUUGGCGAAGAUGAAGGAAGACCGCGAGGCACUCCGACAGUAUUUGGCUAGCAUAUUCGCGGAGCUUGGCUGCAUCUCCAACCUUCGAAAGUUCGCAGAUGGCAAUGCUGCGGCUUUUUUCGGCUUCGAGGCGGCAAGUUCCUUCCAUCUUUACGUUUCCUAA